UUCCUCGAAGUCACGUGACCCGCAUCGUCUGCUCGCGGAGGUAAACACGAUCUCACGUAAUACCUUCCCUCCCCUGAACUGUCUACCCCUUUCGUUGUUUAAUUCUUCAGCAUGGGUUGGUUUUUCGGCGACAGUGAACCCAAGACAGACACCUCCAGCUCGAGCUUUGAUUCGUUCUCUUCUUCCACGUCGGAUUUCUCUUCUUCGUCUAGUUUUGACACCGGUUCUUCGUCCUUCGGCGAUUCCUCCUUCGGGUCGUCGGCGUCGUCGGGUCUCGGGCUUGACAGUGGUCCUGGCAGUGGUAGCAGUUCUGGAGAUGCAGAACUCCAAAGUUUCCUUAUGCUGGAACAACAGAAGGCUCAAAUGCAGACUAUGAUACACAAGAUGAAUGACAUUUGCUGGGAGACAUGCGUGGGCUCCCCAGGCAGCAAACUCGAUUCCCGCACUGAAACCUGCAUCUCCAACUGCGUGGAACGGUUCAUCGACACCUCUCUCUUCAUCACAAACCGAUUUGCACAAAUGCUCUCCAAAUCAGGAGGAAUGAUGUGAAAGGUGUGACAAUCAAUGAAUUGCCAUUGUGAAUAGAUAAUACCUUGUUUAGAUGAUGUAUUAUGUAUGGUUGCUAAUGUUAAUGUGUUACAAAAUUCCAGCAAAAAAGAAUGCUGAGUAUUCAGAACAUGUUAAUGCAGGCAAUUAUGUUUGUAUAUUGGUAUUUUAAGGAUGUUUUUAUUAUUUGUUAUAAUUGCUUAUUCAUUUAUAUUUUACUCUUAAAAUAAUACAUUCAGGAAUUCUUUAGUUCUGCUCAGCAUUCAUUGAAAUACUUUUUCUCUCUUAAUAUUUUAGAUUGUUUAUUCCACUGAUAAUACCUUACUAUUGAAUACAAAAGUGUAUAGAUCAAUAUUUAGAGAAAAAAAUGUACAGUUGAGUGUGAAGACUUCUACCUGAAGAUUUAUAACAUUGUUUAUUAAAAUGCAAGAAAGAA